AUGGGCAUAGCACAAAUUGAAAAUAAUGGAGCAUUUUUCACCAAAGGAGUCAGAGGUUACAACUACGGUGGACAGGCAGGAAAAAGGCAAAGUACCGUGGUCAAGAAGGACAAAUUCACAGACAAAAUCAAAGGGAAUGGGUCCAAUGUAAACAACCUGUCAUCAUGUGACUGGCUGGUGUCUGAAGACAGUAUCCCAUCUUGGGGCUCACACUUGACUUCCGCUCAGCAGCUUGGGUACAACUCAGCACUGACUGCUGGGUUAGCCUUGGUGACAAGAAUCCAGGCAGCAGUGAACACGGGUCUGUCCCAGAAUGGUCUCAACCGUGAAUGUGCUCUUCCAUAUGCAAUUUCGUAUUUCUGCUUCAUCCUCCAUGAAAUGCAGUCUGUUACACAACUUGCAACUGUAAGUGGAGGAGUAGGGGAAGGGUUAGCAGGUGCCACAUCUGGCCACAAAAGUGGCAAGAAGCUGCUGGAACAACCCAAGAAGCACGCCAACGGGACGGAUGAUGAAGAUGAGACAUUCAAACAGAAACUGAAAGAGGAGCAAAAGAAACUUGAGAAGCUAAAAGUGAAGGCCACACAGAAGGGUCCCCUGGCCACUGGUGGAAUUAAGAAAUCUGGAAAAAGAAGUUCAGAGAAAUUCCAAGUUCUCUUUGGAAGUCCAAGUAUUUUUUAUAGACCCAGACUAGAUCUGGGCAUUAUCAGAUUGAAAGCAGUCGUCGUCAACCUUCUCAAUAACUCAGGAGCUCCUGAGACUGUUCUGUUUGCCCACUAA